AAACCAUAUCACUGUGAUAUCUGUGGUAAAUCAUUCUCUCAAAAUCGUGACUUAACUAGACACAAACAUAAUCAUACAGGAGGUAAACCGUAUCAUUGUGAUGUCUGUGGUAAAUCAUUCUCUGAUAAUAGAGCUUUGAUCUCACACCAACGUGUUCAUACGAAGGAAAAGCCAUAUCACUGUGAUAUCUGUGGUAAAUCAUUCUCUGAAUGUAGUAAUCUAACUGCACACAAACGUAUUCAUACAGGAGAGAAACCAUAUCAUU